AUGGACAAGUUGGAAGAGAGUGCAGAAGGUACAAACUCAUGGACUUCACAUACUAACCUAACAAAGAACAAGAUUUUCCUAAAGCCCAUAUCUCGGGGUUCUGGCAAGAACUACACUGAAUACAUUUGCAGAAGUAGUGAACAGAAUGUACAGGUCCUAAAAAGGGUAAAAGAAAGUCCGAAAAAGAGAAAAAAGGUAAAGUUCUGGGGAAAACAUACCAUCCCUCUAUGUAAACCUACAGAAGAAGGUGGAGCAGCACCACACCCAGGAGAAAACAAGCGGCAGAAAAAGAAGCGUAAAACUCGACAUAAACGAAAAAAAAUGCUGCAGAACAAGCUGAAGAUGCUGUGGGGUCAAUAUACUCAGCUACAGAGUGAGAUAAAUAUACUAUUGGAUCAAUACUCUCAGUUACCUGAUGGAGUGAAGACACAAUGUAACCACCAUGAUAACCAAAUGCAUGAGAACACAAAUAUACCAUGUGAUCAAGAUGGACAUCUCAAAGAGUUGGUGAUCACACAGUUUGAUCCAGACAAACAAGUGAAAAAAGAGAUAAGCAGACACUACUAUCGAGACAGACAUGAAAAGAAAGAUAAGAUGAAACUACUCAGUCAUGACCAGCAAGGACAAAAAGAGAGAAUCACACACUUUGACAAAAAUAAGCAAGUAGAGAGGAACAGAAAACUUUAUCAAGACAAACAUAUGAAAAAACAUAUGAUGAGACACUACUAUCAAGACAAGUAUGCAAAGACGGAUAAGAUCAAACUACUCAGUAAGGACCAGCAAGAACAAGAAGAGAGCAUCACACAUUUUGACCAAAUUAAGCAAUUUUAUCAAGGAAAACAAGUGAAAGAAAAGACGAUCAGGCACUAUUAUCAAGACAGGCAUGCAAAAAAAGAUAGGAUCACACUAUUCAUUUAUGACCAGCAAGGGCAAGAGGAUGUAAUCACACACUUAGACCAAAAUAAUCAAGAGGAGAGGAACACACAAUUUGAUCAUGAUAAUCAAGUGAAAGAGGAGAGGAUCAAAGUUUGCUUUCCAAACAAGAAGGUAGAUGAAGAGAGAAUCACAUUUUGCUCUCCAGAAAAGCAGGAGAAUGAGAUACCCAUCCCCUUCUAUCAACACACACACCUGCGUGGAGGGAUGAAAACUCUGCAACUACAUCAAGUGGCAGGAGAUUAUGUACACCAGGCAAGCACAGAUGCAAGGAUGCAUAGCUGGCACAAUUACCUUCAUUGCUUAUAUUAUACAGACAUCAGCUAGCUAUGACUAGACAUCAUGUUGUUUCGAAAGGCCUAAUUUGAAUAACACAUUGAAUACUUCAA